GCCUGUUGUUGCAAAUAAAAGUCAGAGCAGCCAGUCAAGACCAAAAUCAUUUGCAAUCCAUUCACAUAUCAGUCUGAAGGCGCGUGAGAUAAGAGGAUGGAAAAUGUAAUCACUUUAAAUGUAACCACUGAAGUGCCAGUGAGCUAAACAGCGAUCUCCCUAAUGGACAAAUGACCAAAAUAAACUGUAAUUUUUAAUUGCAUGUAAUUCAGAUUUUUUUGUCUAGGUUUAAUCUAUUAGUAAUCAGUCACUCACUCACUGCCUCUGUCACUUUGUCAGCCCUUCUCAAGGUUACUUUAGUUCAUUGGGAGUGUCUUAUUGUACCACGUGAUCCUGAUGCAAAGUUACUCUGUGUCAAAGCUGUGCUCAGCUGCAUGGACGUUUAGGCUGCAUGGUGAGAUGUACCAUGGACUAAAAAUAACACUUCUUCUUUUAAAAUGAAACUGUGUUCAAAACAUUUGAAAACAUAUGAAAUUACCCAGAUACAUGCUGUGCUUACUAGCACAUGUAAUAAUUCUAUUUUUUUAAAGAGAUCAUUUGAAUGAUUAAAUUCAUAGCAUGGCUAUUAGGAACAUUUGCACAGAAUUUCAUGAUUAUUUUACAACAAAUAUGAGAAUUAAAUGAAGACAUGGUUAAUCCGUUUGCAUCCAGAAUAGACAUUUCAUCCCCAGUAACCUUGACGUCGAUCGCAUCUUCCGUCCGAACUAUAAGCCCUUUCAUUUCAGCAGGGGUGUCUGCCAUUGCGCAGCAGCCAACUAGGUGAAGGUGGAAAAUCCAGCAGGAGGAAGGAUGCUUCAAUAGGCCGUCGUCUGUUUCUUCAGUCAACACGUUCCGUUCCACAGUAAAAAAAACAACUGCUGGACAUCGACAUCCCCUGCCCAGCUCUCCCACCGUGGUCUGUCUCAGAUAUAUUGUCGCCCCCCCCUCCUUAAUCUCCCAGAUUGUCGGCGACUUGCUGCAGUCGAUGCUGCAGUUUUGAGCCGCUCCUGCACCGGGACAGCUGACUCAAUGAAAAAGACAUGCUCGCAUUCGUUUUGGUCUCUGGGUUGCUCUGGAUUAUAUUAGAGCUGAGUUCCACCCUGAUGGAGAAGAUGCAGGCCCAGGAGAUGAUGAGCGGCCUGAGGAUACCAGAGAUGGACGAGCUCGGCCAGUUCUUUCGGUCCCUGCCGACCUCCACGCUGGUGGGCAUCGGUGCUUUGACCGCCGUGCUGGCUUACUGGUUGGCCACCAGACCCCGCCCCAUCAAGCCACCCUGCAGCCUGCUGCACCAGUCUGAGGAGGUGCCGCAUGAAGAUGGAGGUCACAGGUCCAUGAUGGGCGACAGCUCCAAGCUGCUGACUCAUUACCAUGACGACGCCAGGACUAUGUAUGAGGUCUUCCAGAGAGGCCUCCACAUAUCUGGUGAUGGACCUUGCUUAGGCUCGCGGCUCCCUAACCAGCCUUACAAAUGGAUGUCCUACAAAGAGGUGACGGCCCGGGCUGAGCAUCUGGGCUCAGGCCUUCUGCACCAGGGCUGCCAGCCCAACCCCAACCAGUUCAUAGGAGUGUUUGCCCAGAACAGGCCAGAGUGGAUCAUCUCAGAGCUAGCUUGUUACACCUACUCCAUGGUGGUGGUUCCCCUUUAUGACACACUGGGCCCAGACGCAAUACGGUUCAUCAUUAACACUGCUGACAUCUCCACGGUCAUCUGUGACAAAGUAGAGAAAGCUCAGGUGCUUCUGGAUAACGUGGAGCGGAAGGAAACUCUGGGCCUGCGAAGAAUCAUCCUGAUGGAUGCCUUUGACUCGGCCCUCGUGGAGCACGGCAAGGGCUGCGGAGUCCACGUGCAGGCCAUGCAGGAAGUCGAGGCUCUGGGAAGAGAGCACUACAGAAAACCUGUACCACCAGCACCAGAUGACCUGUCUAUUGUGUGUUUCACCAGUGGAACCACAGGAAACCCAAAGGGAGUCAUGCUCACUCAUGGGAAUGUGGUGGCAGAUUUCUCAGGUUUCCUCAAAGUAACAGACAAAGUCAUUUUCCCCAACCAAGAUGAUUGCCUAAUUUCCUUCCUGCCACUGGCUCACAUGUUUGAGAGGCUUAUUGAGUCUGUGGUGUACUGCCAUGGAGGACGGAUCGGGUUCUAUCAGGGCGACAUCCGUCUCCUCCCAGAUGACAUGAAGGCUCUGCGGCCGACCAUUUUCCCUGUGGUGCCUCGACUGCUCAACCGCAUGUACGACAAGAUUUUCAGCCAGGCUAACAGUCCAUUGAAGCGUUGGCUGCUCAACUUCGCUGCAAAGAGAAAAGGUGCUGAAGUCAGCAGUGGGAUCAUUCGCAGCGACAGCAUCUGGGACAAAAUAUUCUUCAGUAAGAUUCAGGCCAGUCUGGGAGGAAGGCUGAGGAUGAUUAUAACAGGAGCAGCUCCUACCUCGCCCACUGUCCUGGGAUUUCUCAGAGCAGCUCUGGGAUGCCAGGUGUAUGAGGCAUACGGCCAGACAGAGUGCACAGCUGGCUGCACCUUCACCACACCUGGAGACUGGACCCCAGGUCACGUCGGGGCCCCUCUGCCAUGUAACCUCAUCAAACUGGUGGAUGUUCCUGAGAAGAACUACUUUGCCUCUAAGGGGGAGGGAGAGGUUUGUGUGAAGGGACCAAACGUGUUUAAGGGCUACCUCAAAGACCCGGAGAGGACGGCCGAGACGCUGGACGCAGACGGCUGGCUUCACAGCGGAGACAUCGGCAAAUGGUUACCUAAUGGCACACUGAAGAUCAUUGACAGGAAGAAGCACAUCUUCAAGUUGGCGCAGGGCGAGUACAUCUCCCCUGAGAAGAUCGAGAACAUCUACAUUAGAAGUCAACCUGUGGCACAGCUCUAUGUUCACGGAGAUAGCCUGCAGUCCUGUUUGGUGGGAAUUGUGGUUCCUGACCCUGAAGUCAUGCCUGAAUGGGCCAAGAAAAAAGGCAUAUUAGGCACGUACAAGGACCUCUGUAAAAACACGGAAUUAAAGAAGGCCAUCAUUGAAGAUUUGGUGCGUCUGGGCAAGGCCAGUGGCCUCCACUCUUUUGAGCAGGUGAAGAACAUCUACAUCCACAACGAGAUGUUCUCCAUUGAAAACGGCCUCCUGACACCGACAUUAAAGGCCAAGAGGCCGGAGCUGAAGGAGUUCUUCAAGGGGAAGAUCGACCAGCUCUACAGCAGCAUCUCCAUGUGAAGGCUGGCAGACCUCAUUUUCCUUCAAGCAUCUUAGCACUAGGAUCUGCUUUGACCAUUCACCUGGGACAAAGAUGUGACACCUUAGGUUUAACAUGCUUUGGGAAAGCAAGCCAAAUCUGGCCUGAAUAAAAAAAAAUCUGGCCUAAAUAAAAACAAAUCAAAGAAAUAAAGUGAAAUACAAUACACAUUGUUAUGUGUAUUUCCUUUUUAUGUAUGCAUUUAUUGUGUCAUAUUUACAUGAAAGCACAUGUUAAAAGGAAAAUCAUUUAACUUUUAGUAUGUAACUGUAUAAAUUGUUUUUCAAUGUGACAUGAAUUUGCCAUGCCGCGUUAAAAACAAAUCACAAAACAAAAAGUGUUGCAUUUUAGUGUUGUCCAGCAGAGACCUGCAUAGAUCUGCCAAUACUAAAUACAAAGCACUGUCAUUAGUUUUCAUGAGGAGGUGCAAAGGAGCCUCUUCUUUUUUAAAAAUGAGACGCAUUGUCACUGCCAAAAUGAAAAACAAUCAAAUGUCCAAUCACAGCUUUGGGGACGGGUACCUGGGUGGAGCUUAGCAUCGCCAACACGGGCUGAUGACAGCCAUGACAGACAGCCUUUCACAUUAAAACAGUUUCCUGUAGUUUAGCUGGCAAGAUGGACACUACUAUUGACUGUACAUUUAGUCAUAUUUGUGAUUGACUACAAUUUUAAGGGAUGGAUUGUGCUGCAGGAGGCUGUAGCCUACAAACAGACACUUAGAAUCUUAUACAAUACUUGGUAAGUGUUGUUAGCUUGUGUUAGCUUACAGUAAACACUGAGUGGUUUAAUGGAGGAGGAUAAGCUAAUGUUAAUUGAUGUCCGCAAGGUAGAUAGCUAGAAUUGCCUGACAGGCUGAAUGAAUUUUGCAGUGCAUAAUGUUACUUCUACUGACAGUCACCUGUCACUGUCACUUUUGUUCUGACAACACAACAAAGUGCUAAAUUUUAGGAAAUUACAGUAAGAAUAGACCUACUGUGUUUGUCCUUUUAUAACUAUUUAUUUAAUUGUCAGAGUAGUAAUGUUACAGGGCAAAAUGUAUCCAUCCUGUAGUCUCAUACCAGCGAUUAUAAACGCCCACCCAUGGCCCUUCCCCCAAGCUGUGAUUGGACAGCUGGUUGUUUUUCAUUUUGGCACUGCAAAUUGACAACACUCCCUUGCACCUCCUCAUAAAAACAUGACAAUGCUUUGCAUUUAGUAUUGGCAGGUUUAAGCUGUUCUCAGCUGGACAACACUGAAAUGCAAUACACCUCUUCACUUUGUUUUCUGUGUUGUGAUUUGAUUUUAAUGUGGCAUGGAAAAUCUGUGUCACAAUGAAAAACAAUUCAUUCAGUUAUUAAAUUCAAAAAGCUAUAAUUGUCCUUUUAAGAUAUGGUUUUCAUUUAAAGGUGGGGUAUGCAAUUCUGGAGAAAUCCAAUACCAUGACAAAUACCAUGAUAUAGAGCAAACAACAACACAGCAAGUAAUAUAAAGCUACCAGCCAGAGAGAACGAGACGGUUUCCCAGAGCCAGCAAACAGCGAUACUUACAACUCUCCUGCUACUAUAGCUAACAUCAUAUCUUGGCAAACUAGAAAGUAAGCUGAAUGUCCGUGGGCAAGUAAUUUUACGUACACAAAUAAUGGCUGGAAUACUGUGGUGUGGCUCAGUUCGAGCCACUUUGUUAAGCAUUUACAGAGCCAGGGCUGUGUACACACACUGGAUUUUUUUUUCAGCGCGCACACAGAAAGGACAGCUAGCGUACGGUGAGGAGAUAUUCGCUGAAUUUGACAAAAAACAUGUAUUGGAUUAGAAUCACAUACCCCACCUUUAAUUAUGACACACUAAAUGCAUUCCUUGUUUCAUUUGUUUUAAUGUAGGCAUUUUAAAUCUUCCAUACAUUGCUACCUGCUGUCCACCCCAACAAACCAUCAAAUGCUCUGUUCCCAGUACCAGAAACUCAUCAGCACUUUUAUGUUGAACAGUCCAUUCCUACUUCUUCUCUUCUCUACACCAACUCUUUAAACCUACCAGCCAAACAACCUGAAAUCCACAGUUGUACGACAGCAAAUGUGAUGUCUUUGUGUAUAGUGUAGCUCAAGGAGAUAUCUAGAUUUGUGAUAAAUGCUGACACCUUGUGGGACAGAAAUGGACUUCAUCCUCAGUGGAAAACAGUAGAUUUUCAUUUGAUUGAACAAGCUGCUGACAGCAGUGCCAUUAAACAGGGCCUGAUAAAUCUCCCCUGAUCUGACACAAGGAUUACAUUUAUGUUCAACCCAGACAUUGUGCAAUUAGACCAAAAACACAUCCUCCUGUUUGAGGUCUGUUCCAUGUGGAGUAUCUGAAUGUUUGAGCCGCAUCCAAAUCACAGUUCAUGUCACAUAUUCACUCAUGGCUGUGAUCAGCAGUUUAGCAUGCAUGCUCCUUUUUAUAUGAAGGACUGGCCCACUGUAACAAUCAUCAAGGUUGACACUCUGCAGUUGGUUCAAUCACAACUUUCUUUACAUCCAUCUUUGCACAAAGAGUAUGUCAGGUAAAAGGAAGAAAAAAGAAAUAAUGCAAAACCAGGGCUCAGGGCAAUGCAUGCAGUUUGCCCUGCAAUGCUGGGACCGUUAGCAUUUGACUUGAAAAAGACGAGUUUUUCUUUGUGGCCAUUAAUAGCAGGUUGUAUGCAGCUGCCCACAGCCACUGCUGCUAGUGCAAGGCUUUGUAAUGUAGGCAGAGCUGAGAACAACCAUCAACUUUUAAACAAAAGAAACACAUUUUUUGGAGGGUUUACACAUAGAAGUAAUGUAUAGGCUUUUUAAGUUGAUUGCCGUCCCAAAGCAUAAACAAUGUGGAUGUACAUAAAUGAGGACAGCUAGAUGUAAGCAUAUUUAUUAAAUCAAUGGUUUGAAUGGAUUUUUUCUCUCUUUUUGCGUGUAGUGAGAUGAAUUGUACUUAUUUAUUUAUCUAUUCUGCUGUAAAAUGGAAUCAGCACCAUAUCCUUGUAAUGAUUGAGUGCAGCAAUAGGGAUGAGGGAGGGUGGUAGGACACGGGCAAUGAAAUAAAAGAUAUUCUGGAAUGAUUUUAAA